AUGUGGGGAAGGGGGAUCGGAAAUGGCUAUAGCGGUGGCCGGAUUGUGGAUUUUGGAGCUGUACAGAGUUAUUGGGAGCCCUCUGUUUCAAUUUGUGGUGGUUCAAAUUCAAGUAACACCAUCUCCGCCGCUACGGGGACGAGAACGCCGGCAGCAAUUUCCGGCGAAGAAAACCCAAGAAGAAGAUACAGAGGAGUGAGGCAGAGGCCAUGGGGAAAAUGGGCUGCCGAAAUUCGCGACCCUCAGAAGGCCACCAGAGUCUGGCUUGGAACUUUCGACACCGCCGAGGCCGCUGCCCGAGCCUACGACGGUGCAGCCUUGCGAUUCCGUGGCAGCAAAGCCAAGCUCAAUUUCCCUGAAUUCGUCACUGUCCUUCCGCCGUCUUCGCAGCCCAACGCCCAUUGGGCCCCAUCUCCGGUGGCUGCGCCGCCGCUGCAGCCCACUGGUUUCGGGAACUAUCUGCAGUAUUCGUAUUUUCCUCAAAACUCCGGCGAGUUCCCGGAACAGGUGCUCUGUAAUUCGCCAUUUGUGAAUCCACCUUCUGGUGCAUCGAAUUUUGCUUUCCCAUUUUCUGAACAGCAGCGUAGAUUGUUCCGGGCACCGGAAAAUGAGAUGAAUGGCGGGAGUGGGAGCGGCGGGGCAUCUUCAUUUGGGUAUCGUCCACCGGCGGGCGAUGGAUAA